CUGGGGAGCCGGGGCAGUAGUGCCGCAGUUUGUGUGCCUAGCCAUCGGAGCCCAAGUACUCCGCCCGCAUUCGCCAAACCCUGCCUCAUCUGCACAAGGCGACCAAAGAAAUGCUCAAGUCAGGCCCAGGGCUAGUAUUCGGCAUUUCUUGACGUAUAUCAAGCAUUGCUUCCAGGCGGCGCAGUCAGCUGGCCUGUAUAUGCAAGGGCCCUGCCGCAGGGACCUUGCUCCUUCGAUCCACCCGAACCGAUCAUCUCUGCGCAAGGCCACCAGCGGACAGGAACAUCCACAUCCACCACCCCGCCAAGGCCACCAACGAUCAUCGAGAGCCGUGGCUCACCGCGGUGGUAGUGGCGCCAUCCCCGGCCUUCGAUAUAAUGUAAUCUGCCUCCCGAGCAUCGUCAGUCGGGGACAAUGGGUAUAAAAAGGGGGCGCUCUGUCUCUCAUAUUGAGGCAGACAACAAGACUCCAGGUCCUCCAGCCCACGCAGCCAGCUCGCCCAGCCCCGCUUAGAAUCCCCCAAGAAGGCCAGCAGGAUUAGUUCCUUAGCAAAACGCCACUCGACAUCAAAAUGCGCCCCUUCUCUGCUCUCUACGCUGCGGCUCUCGCCGCGACCACCGCCAACGCCCUCCCCGAGGUCAGGCCCGUCCAGCUGGGUUCUGAGUGCCACAACUACCCAGCCUUCAACGCCGACACUGGCGAGGCCGGGCCGUGGGUGCUCUGGGCCGCAGACAACGAUGGGCCGGUCGCCAGCGGUGCGGGCUCGGACGUGUCGCGCGUGUCGGAUGGCGCGUCAGCCAGGUUCCAAAUUAGCAUCUCGGUUGAGCCCACGUCGGCCAAGCUUGCGCUCAAGUGCUCGAACGGCACGCUGCUGGCGUAUUAUCAGGAGUGGACGCCCGUGACACGGGGCUCUGACGACAAGGCAUUCCUGUUGGCUAAUAAUCGCCAGGGUGGCACGGCGAUGCAGGCGCACGCCCACUUCCUCGCCGACGGCACGCAGCAGGAGGGCGUGUUUCUCGGCUCCGGGGGCAAGACGACCUGGGCUUACAAGUAUCAGAUCGGCCAGCGGGGGAGGAAGGAGUUCCGCAUCAGGCUUCUGGUCAGCUCGGACAGCUUGGAGGAGGGCGAGUUCAAGGGCUUCAUCCGUUUUUUCACCAGGUAAUCGGCUGGGAUAAGCCAUGGUUUGGCUCCGAGAUGCGGUUGCUAGAUGUGUUGGUUGUUGGUAUUAUUGUAACUUGAGCAAAUACGACAUCGAUAUCCGUCAACUUGUGCUGCUGUACAGUCCCUGGGACUAAGCCAGCCUCGACCCUCUUUAUGCAGA